AUGAUGCUGCCGGCGCGCAAGCUGCAGGUGGCGUCUGCCGGCAAAAAGCCGCUGAAAUACUUCACUGUGAACGAGGAGAACGGGAACCUGUAUGUGAGUGAGAGGCUGGACCGGGAGGAGCUUUGCGGCAAAUCGGCGUCCUGCUCUGUCAGCUUCGAGGCGCUGGUGCACAACCCGCUCAAUGUUUUCCACGUCCAGGUGGCCAUUGAGGAUGUGAACGACAACGCGCCGCACUUCCUGCAGGACAAAUUCCAUCUGGAGGUAAACGAGCUGACUUCUCCUGGCGCCCGUUUUCACUUGGGCAUGGCCGAGGACGCAGACGUGGGCAGCAACUCGCUGCAGGGUUACGAGCUAGAGACCAACGGGUACUUCGCGGUGGAGGCGAAGGAAAUUCACGAUGGCAGCAAGUUGGCAGAGCUGGUGCUGCGCCGACCGCUGAACCGGGAGAGCGAGCAAAUCCUUCGGCUUAUGCUGACGGCACUGGACGGCGGAGACCCACCCCGGAGCGGCACUGCUCAGCUCUGGAUUAACGUCACAGACGCAAAUGACAACCCACCCGUAUUCGCGCAGGACCGGUACCGCGCCAGCCUGCGGGAGGACACGCCUCCAGGCUCGAGAGUGUUGAAUGUCUCCGCCUCUGAUGCUGACUCCGGAACCAACGCCCACAUCACAUACAGCUUUGGAAAAAUGCCGGCCAAGGUGCUUCAGAAAUUCGUGGUAAAUGCAGAGACCGGGACGAUCACUCUGCAGGAGCCUCUGGACUUCGAAGACACGAGCGCAUUCAGCCUGCCUGUGGAGGCCAGGGACGGGGGCGGACUGGUAGCGCAUUGUGAGGUGGAGGUGGAGGUGCUGGACGUGAAUGAUAAUACGCCAGAGAUCACGAUUCUAUCCCUGUCGAGCCCUGUUUCGGAGGACGCGCCGGUCGGCACCGUGGUGGCCCUACUCAACGUCCAUGACCCCGACUCCGGCGAGAACGGCGUGGCGCUGGCCGUGCUGGCGCGGCUGCGCCGGGCCGGGCCGCCCGCCGUGCUGCGCUGCCUGGGCGCGCAGCGCUUCUCGCUGGCCGGCGCCGCCUUCCCGCCCGACUUCUGCGAGGGCACCUUGCCCUACUCCUACAACCUGUGCGUGGCCGCACCGGCCCGCGCCGCCGCCGAGGCCGCUUGGCCGCCGCCGCCGCUGCCCAUCCUGCCCGCCGGGGAUCUUCUGGCCGGGGAGCCCUGCGACAAGCCAAUCCUGAGCAGCAGCGCCGUCGCGGGAGAGCCGCCCAGAGACCCCGACGCACUGCAGAUACACGGCGACUUGUUUGUUAUUUCGGAGUUUAAGGAAACUUGA